UCAUGUCAGUCAGCAUCAUAGAGUCUAUGAAGAAGGGAAGAAGGGAGGGCAGGAACUCCUGCAUUUUGACAUUUACACACUUUUCUCACAUUUAACCAGUACCUUUAAGUCGUUACCUGAACUCAGCGAUUAGUCGUGGCCAUCGCUUAUUUUAACUUGAUUUUUAUGUGGAGGAGGAGAUGAAAGGGGCUUGUCCAACUCAACUUCAAUUAUGGGAACAGACACCUGCCGCGAUCAGGCGCGGCUAACGCGCUAACAUUAGCCGUCAGAGGGAGUUCAAAAGUACAAACCAGCAUACCAGGACGACAUGGAGUGGUGACAGCACACAGAAAACCUGGAUUAUAAAACUUGUUGGGAAUAUCAUUGUAUUCAAACGGAGAUAUUUUAACCUUACGUGUGCUGAUGUAACCAGUUUUGGUGGGAGUUGCUGUAUUUGGGAUCAUGUCUGUGACUGAACUCUACUCUAAGUACACCCGGGUUUGGAUCCCUGACCCAGAAGAUGUCUGGAAGUCGGCUGAAAUCAUCAAGGAUUAUAAAGAGGGAGACCCAGUGCUUAACCUCAAAUUAGAAGAUGAAACGACGUUAGAAUAUUCAGUUGGUCCCAAAAACAAUCCACUUCCAUUUCUUCGGAAUCCUGAUAUUCUGGUAGGAGAGAAUGACCUCACGGCUCUCAGCUAUCUCCACGAGCCUGCUGUGCUCCACAACCUCAAGGUCCGCUUCCUCGAGUCCAAUCACAUUUACACUUACUGCGGGAUUGUUCUGGUGGCCAUCAACCCGUAUGAGCAGCUUCAGAUCUAUGGAGAAGAAGUCAUCAAUGCAUACAGCGGCCAGAACAUGGGGGACAUGGACCCUCAUAUAUUUGCUGUGGCAGAGGAAGCGUACAAACAGAUGGCCAGAGAUGAAAAGAACCAGUCGAUAAUCGUGAGUGGCGAGUCUGGAGCCGGUAAAACGGUGUCCGCAAAGUACGCCAUGCGCUUCUUCGCCACAGUGGGAGGUUCAGCGAAUGACACCAGCGUCGAAGAGAAAGUACUGGCCUCCAGCCCCAUCAUGGAGGCAAUUGGGAAUGCAAAAACCACCCGCAAUGACAACAGCAGCCGCUUCGGGAAAUACAUCCAGAUCGGCUUCGAUAGGAGAUAUUACAUCAUUGGUGCCAACAUGCGAACAUAUCUGCUUGAGAAGUCCAGAGUAGUAUUUCAGGCUGAGGACGAGAGGAACUAUCACAUCUUCUACCAGCUCUGUGCUUCAUGCUCUCUGUCAGAGUUUAAAGAUCUUUCCUUGACCAGCGCAGAAGACUUUACCUACACGUCUCUUGGUGAGAACAUUUUUAUUGACGGAGUGAAUGACGCUGAGGACCUUGUGAAGACAAGAGAGGCUCUUACAAUGCUUGGUGUGAAAGAGAUCCAUCAAAUGAGCAUCUUUAAGAUAAUUGCCUCCAUCUUGCACCUGGGGAACGUGGGGAUUGUGUCAGAGAGAGAUGGAGAAUCCUGCCAUAUCAAUAGGGACGACACUUAUUUGCAUCAUUUCUGUCGGCUGCUGGGUAUAGAGCAGGAGCAGAUGGAGCACUGGCUGUGCCGCAGGAAGCUGGUGACCACCGCCGAGACCUACGUGAAGAACAUGUCGCAUGCCCAGGCGGUCAAUGCCCGAGACGCCCUGGCCAAACACAUUUACGCCCAUCUCUUUGACUGGAUUGUGGAGCACAUCAAUAAGGCCUUGCACACCUCCACCAAACAGCACUCCUUCAUCGGUGUGCUGGAUAUCUACGGAUUUGAAACGUUCGAGAUAAACAGCUUUGAGCAGUUCUGUAUUAACUACGCCAAUGAGAAACUACAGCAACAGUUCAACUCGCAUGUGUUUAAACUGGAGCAAGAAGAGUAUAUGAAGGAGCAGAUCCCCUGGACGCUUAUAGAUUUCUAUGAUAACCAGCCGUGCAUUGACCUCAUUGAAGCCAAGCUUGGUAUUCUGGACCUUCUUGAUGAAGAGUGUAAGGUGCCUAAAGGAACGGAUCAAAACUGGGCGCAGAAGCUGUACGGCAAGCAUUCAAACAGUGGGCAUUUCGAAAAGCCCAGGAUGUCCAACAGGUCAUUCAUUGUGGUCCACUUUGCAGAUAAGGUUGAAUAUCAGUGUGACGGCUUCCUGGAGAAGAACAGAGACACUGUUUAUGAGGAGCAGAUAAACAUCCUCAAGGCCAGUCAGUUCCAGCUGGUUGCAGAUCUCUUCCACGAUGGUAAAGACUCUGGUCCUCCCACCAGCAAGAGCUCCAAGAUCAACGUCCGGGCUGCCAAACCAGUUCCAAAAGGCCACAACCGUGAGCACAGAAAAAGUGUGGGCACCCAGUUCAGGAACUCUCUACAUCUUCUGAUGGAAACGCUGAAUGCUACCACCCCUCAUUAUGUGCGCUGCAUUAAACCCAAUGAUUAUAAGGAAUCCUUUGUGUUUGAUUCUAGAAGAGCUGUUCAGCAACUGCGAGCAUGUGGAGUUCUCGAGACUAUCCGCAUCAGUGCCGCCGGGUAUCCCUCCAGGUGGACCUAUCCAGAUUUCUUCAGCAGAUAUCGGGUGCUCAUGACACGGAAGGACAUGACCAUUGGCGAUAAGAAGCAAGUUUGUAAGAACCUGCUGGAGACCUUAAUCAAGGAUCCAGAUAAGUUCCAGUUUGGAAAGACAAAGAUUUUCUUCAGGGCAGGUCAGGUGGCCUAUCUGGAGAAGCUCCGAGCUGAUAAGUUCCGCUUCGCCUGCAUUAAGAUCCAGAAGACAGUGCGAGGAUGGCUGCAGAGAAUUCGGUACCGCAAGAUCCGCAAGUCUGCUAUCACUCUGCAGAGAUAUGGCCGGGGUUACAUGGCACGCAGAUAUGCAGAGAUGCUUCGUCUGACCCGAGCAGCACUUAUUUGUCAGAAGCAGUACCGGAUGGUACGAGUUCGACAGGAGUAUCUGAGGAUUCGGCGGGCUGUGAUCACCAUUCAAGCGUUUGCCCGGGGCAUGUUCAUACGCAGGUUAUAUCAGGAGUUCUUGCUCCAUCACAAAGCCAUGAUUAUACAGAAGACCGUCCGUGGUUGGCUCGUGAGAAAGAAGUAUCUCCGUGCCCGAAAUGCUGCCAUUGUCAUCCAGUGUUUCUACCGCCGCGUACGUGCCAAGCGCCAGCUCAAACAGCUUAAGAUAGCGGCCCGUUCGGCCGAACACUUUAAAAAUCUCAAUGUCGGAAUGGAGAACAAGAUCGUGCAGCUCCAGAAGAAGAUGGAUAACCAGUCAAAAGAGCAUAAAACUCAGAACGAGCAGCUGAAUGUUACUAACACUGCUCUGGGAUCAGAGGUCACUAAGCUCCAGAAAGAACUGGAUACUCUCCGCAUUCGGCAGACUGCUGGCACUCAGGUGACAUCACUGCAGGAAGAGCUUGAGAAGUUGAGGGUGGAGCUUCAGGAAGCCCACGCCCAGAGGAAGCAGAUAGAGGAGGAGUUCAGCAACGAGAAACAAGGACUCGAACAGAGGGUGGAGGAGCUGGAGAAAGAGAACACGCUCUUGAAGAAGGAGAAAGAAGAGGUGAACCGCAGAAUCCAGAACCCCACUCAGGGUCAGGGCAGCGAUGCGUCUCAGAAAGAGACCCGUUUGCAAGUUGAACUGGAUGAGGAGAGGCAACGAUAUCAGAACCUGGUGAAAGAAUAUUCCAGACUGGAGCAGAGAUACGAAAAUCUGCAGGAGGACUUGUCCUCCAUGAAGUUCCAUCCUGGCCAUCGGAGGAACCCCUCUAACCAGAGCAGUCUGGGCUCGGACUCCAACUACACCUCCAUCAGUAUGUCAGAGGUGGGAGACACUGAUGACACCAUCCAGCAGGUGGAGGAGAUGGGCAUAGAGAAGGCUGCCAUGGACCUCAGCGUUUUCAUGAAGUUACAGAAACGUGUACGAGAGCUGGAGCAGGAAAGAAAGAGGCUACAGACCAAUCUAGAGAAAGUAGAGGAACUGAGCAAACGCAAGGGAAAUGAGCCCAAGAGCUCCACGUCAGAGGAGGAUAUAAAUGCAGACCUGGCUUACAACAGUCUGAAGCGGCAAGAGCUCGAGACUGAGAAUAAGAAGUUGAAGAAUGACCUGAACGAGUUGAGGAAAGCGGUGGUCGACAGGGCCUCUGAGAACAACUCAUCCAAUGAACUUCAAGAGGGCUACAACCUGCUGCUGAAUCAGCUCAAAGGGGCCAAUGAGGAGCUGGAUGUGCGCAAGGAGGAGGUCCUCAUGCUCAAGACCCAAAUCGUGAACUCCACGAGGCAGUCAGAGAACAUAAACCACAUUGAUUCCAAUGAUGUAUCAGAAUGGACCAACAACAAGAAGCCUGUGGACGCGGUGGACACUGUUGAUGCACCUGAUUUAAAGAAUAAAGCACAAGACUGGGUUUAUUUGAAUGAAGAUGGGGAGCUUGGCCUGGCCUACCAGGGUCUAAAGCAAGUUGCCAGGCUGCUGGAGGCCCAGCUUCAGACGAAGUCUCGACAGCACAAGGAUGAGUUAGAGGCUCUCCACACGCAAAUCGAACUGCUGAAGGACAGUCUGGAGAAGAAGCAGGAAAUGCUGGACCACUUUUCUACACUUUCUCCUGAAGCUCUGGUGGAGUUCAGCGUGCAGCAGGAGAUCACGCGCCUCACCAAUGAAAACCUAGAUCUAAAGGAACUUGUCGAGAAGUUGGAGAAGAAUGAGAAGAAGCUGAAGAAGCAGUUGAGGAUCUAUAUGAAAAAAGUGCAAGAGCUGGAAGUGUCUCAGGCCACUAGGAGCAGACCAGAGCUGACUCGUCAGGUCACCGUACAGAGGAAAGACAAGGACUUUGAAGGCAUGCUGGAGUACUACAAAGAAGAUGAGGCUUUGUUGGUCAAGUCAUUAAUUACAGACAUGAAGCCCAAUGUGGUGUCCGCCACUGUCCCCUGCCUCCCUGCCUACAUCCUCUUCAUGUGUAUCCGUCAUGCCGACUACAUCAACGACGACCAGAAAGUUCAUUCACUCCUUACCACAACCAUCAAUGCCAUCAAAAAGGUCCUGAAGAGAAACAGCGAUGACUUUGAGAUGACCUCCUUCUGGCUGGCAAAUACCAGUCGACUUCUGCAUUGUCUGAAGCAGUACAGCGGGGAUGAGGCGUUUAUGACGCAAAACAUGGCCAAGCAGAACGAGCACUGCCUGAAGAACUUUGACCUGGCCGAGUAUCGGCAGGUUCUGAGUGACCUUUCCAUCCAGAUCUAUCAGCAGCUCGUCAGAAUAGCGGAAGGCAUCAUGCAACCCAUGAUUGUUUCUGCCAUGCUUGAGAGCGAGAGCAUCCCCAGCCUGGCCGGAGUGAAGCCCAUGGGCUACAGGAACCGCUCCUCUAGUUUGGACUGUGAGAGUGGAGGUCCAGCGGGCUACACGCUGCAGGCCCUGGUCAAGCAGCUGGGACAGUUUUACACCAUCAUGGCGGACCACGGCCUGGACCCUGAGAUCAGCCAGCAGGUGGUUCGCCAGCUCUUCUACUCCAUCAAUGCAGUGACCCUGAACAACCUGCUGCUGCGCAAAGAUGUCUGUUCUUGGAGUACCGGCAUGCAGCUCAGGUACAACAUCAGUCAGUUGGAGGAAUGGCUGAGAGGAAAGAAUCUGCACCAGAGUGGAGCCGUAGCCACCAUGGAACCUGUUAUCCAGGCCGCCCAGCUGCUGCAGGUGAAGAAGAAGACCUCCCAAGAUGCAGAGGCCAUUUGCUCGCUCUGUACCGCCCUCAGCUUACAGCAGAUUGUGAAGAUCCUCAACUUGUACACGCCACUCAAUGAGUUUGAGGAACGAGUGACUGUGUCUUUCAUAAGAGACAUACAGAAUCGCCUCCAAGAUCGUAUAGAAAACAACCAACUGCUGGUAGACACGAAGUACACCUUCCCUGUGCUCUUCCCCUACACUCCAUCAGUGCUCAGUCUGGAAAACAUACACAUCCCUGCCUCCCUCAGCCUGGACUUCCUCACACGGGUCUGACAUCUCAGUCUCUCGGUCUCACUCUGAGCUCUACCGAGUCAGACCUGCGGCCUGCAGCGGGCCCGUCGCAGAUCUGCUAACCCACAUAUUAACACCACCAUACAUACGGGAUUUAC